AUCGCGUUUGGACGCAGCGCAUACCGGGUUCAAGUCCAGUUUUCUCACCUCUUUUCCUUUUGUUCCAUUCUUCAGUUUCGUGGUUUUGUUUUUGUUGGUUAUCUUCUUUUCCUCUGGAGCCGCGUAGCACAGCAAAGAUAGGAAAAUACCUGUGUGUGAAGAAGCGGCAGCAGCAGCAGAUUGAUUAUUCCGUCUGAAGAUGUGUGAGUUCUGUCGUGGAUCGAGUGUGCAGUGCCCAGUAUGCGAACUGUGAAGUUCUGAAGAAAUUCGCGAUCACUACCGAUCCACUCACCGCGAUGGAUAAGAUAGUGUAGGUGGAUAUUAUCGUGACAAUAGUCUUUAGAACAUAGUCUUGCUGUUCGUAGAAGUGGAAUAAAGCCAAAAAUUUCAGAGUGUCAAUUGUCAAGAGAUUUGAUCGCCUUCGCAAGAUCGAAACCUGCAUUGAGUUUGCUGGGACCCCCCCUAUCAGAAAGGAAACCCGACAGAACUCUGUGUGAGUGAUGGAACUUUGCGCUGGAUGUCCAGUUCUUUAGUGCUUUCGUGCGCCAACCGUGGGGGGAAAAGAACAUGAAAACGAAAACUACUUGCAAAGUGGACGAUUUUUGCACCGACUGUCAAGUAAGGAGCCGCCAUCGAUCGACAGUUGUGCGUUGAAUUGUGCGGUUGUUUUGAUUCGCGUUCUGUUUUGUGCCAGCGAGCCGAACGGCCGAAAGGCAGCAGCGGUAACAUACUGGCGAAUUGAAUGAACGCCGAAUGCACAAAGGGCCGGAUCGAUGGAUGGGUAGUGGCCGGGCGGCAGAAGAAACAAACCUCUGAAGCAGCCAAAUGUGCAGUAGUGCAGCAGUGCUUUUUGUUCAAUUAGCAUCAAUCAAUGGGCAACGAAAAGUGUUUGUAAAUAUGUAUCGAUAACUUGUUUUCUGUGUAUACAGGUCGUUUGGUAAGCCGCAAGGUGUAAAGAAUUUUUAAAACAAUUUGUACUAGUGUUCGAGUGAAUGUUUACUAAUUGAUUGAACCGAGUGGCGUUUUUAUUGUUUCUGUUGGAUUAACGUGUACGUUCGAGUGGAAUACUUUAUGAAAGCGAAACUCUUUGCCACGGUGGACUGCUAAUGUGUGAACCGUCGAAGACGUCGUGAAUUAGCAGCUGUUGAACAAUCGACCGAAGGUGAUAACAAGCGCUCCCCGCGAGAGUAAGUGCGAUUACGUAGACCUGGCACAUCAUGUACGACGCGUGUGAUAACGUGGAUGGGGUUUUAUCGGCUGCAAUCUGCUUCGUAUCGCAUUAAUCAAGCGAGUAGCAAAGCGCAGUGUCAGUACGAGCAUUCGAUUAUGAUCUUUGUGCAUAAUGAGUUGAGCAGUUUGUUGUCAGUCAGUCAGAUGCAAAGUGGAACCAAGAGGAAUCGCCGCAACAGCAGCAGAAGCAAAUAAUCGCAAUAAGUGCAUUCGUACAAUUUCCGGCUUUUCAGCUGCUGUGUAGUUCCAUUAGCGGUAACCAGUUUGGCUUUGCUAGCGAAUACCAAUUAAUGCAAAAGUUUUGUGUGUAUAUACCUAUCGGAAUAAUUGCGGCCCGAAUCAAUCAGCUUUUUGGGAACACACGCUUAAAAGCAUUCCGGGCGUCAAAGAGCUUAUCGGGGGUAAUUUUCUCCCGAGUGGCCGUGUAAAUCGGUCCGACGAAUAAAGCAGACGAGACCAGCUGAUGCUACUGCUGUUGCUGUUGCUGCUGCUCUGCUGUUGUCGGGAAAAAAUUCAGAGAUAGAGAGAAAAAAGUGUUAGUUCGGAGAAAGUGAAAAUUCGUCCGGCAGUACUCCGGCUGGAAAAGUGGCGCGCCGCAGUAAUUAAACAUUAUUAACUUAUAAAGUGAAUCAAAUUAUUAUCAUCAAAUAAGAGAGUGCAAAACAAUUGUGCCCCUGUUUACCGAGAGCGCACGAGUGCCGAGCAAUACGAAUGAAAAAAACUAAUUCAGGAAAAGUGUUACCCUUGAUUCCUGCCCACGCUAACCCCUGUGAAGUGCCCGAACGUAACAAGAGACCCCGUCUCAGACAAUAACAUGGAAAUUGAUCUGUUAUUGUUAACUAAUGUCCAUGCGUGCAAAUCUGCUAAAAGCAUCUUCAUCGGUAGAAACAACAAUAGUUACAGCAGCAUUCCGAACGGAGGCAUCGACACCUAGAGGCGCGGAAUAGUGAUUGUAAGUUGCACAAGUCUCCCAGAUCCGACAGUGACUGCUCCGACCACCGAGGGGUAAAUCAGAUCAGUCUUUCACCCUUAUGCAUAGUCAUAACUGCGGCUGCUUCGGCGGCAAGAUUUGAUUUAAUUAACCAUCCUCAUUCCCUGCCGAAGUUUGAAAACAAUAGCGACUACUCCCCCGUCAGCAUCACGGUCCCACGACAAGUAGGUGUGGGAGGAACAAUUAUCGCCACCGCACGGAACGGUGUCGCGUGUCUUGUCGAAGUUUUCAUUGAAGGCAACUCUCACCGCGUUGAUCUGGUUGUAAUCGCUCUUUCUCUCUAUAACGCUGUUUAGAGGGUUCUUCAGGGUACGUAAAUGAAGUAGAAAAAAGGUCAAACCCAAAAGAGCUAGCUGUGCGAUGGAAAAAUGCUCCCCUUUGUGCAAUCAAGUCGAGAGUUUGCCCGCUGAAUAGCGUGAUCUUGUUCAAGUUAUCGGUCGGGCUGAAAAGAGCUCUCUGCUUCCAUCUUCUUUCGAAGCCGAAGAAAAAGUUUGCGAAUGUGUACAGUGCUCGAGGAGAAGUGUUCAGUGUGUAGUUUUGCGUACGUGAAGAUAUCUUCCUAACAAUGGAUCGGUUUACUGUGAACAAAGGACCGGCCUGCAACGUCGGUGGUGGGACCUCCGCGGCUUCGGCUGGCGGCAACGGCACCGGUAGCAGCGGUGCCUCCGUUUCGGCCAAUCACAGUAACUCCAACGUCAGUAAUGGCAACGGUAAUGGUGGCAAUCCUAGCGCCGCCACCACCGGCACCAACGCCGGCGGGAAGUCUCGAGCCGAGCGUAACGCCACCGGUUCGGUAUCCUCCCUCGGCACGCCGUCGACGAGCAGCUCGUCGUUGCUGGCCAUUUCCGGACCGGCACCCGGCUAUCGGAAAGCGUUUCACCGAUCCGGUCCGGGCAGUGCCAGUGCUACGUCGGAUUACAGCAUGUCCACCGUUGCUGAGUCGGUUCAGGACGAGCAGCUGGGCACCAUCAGUCCAUCUCCUAGCACAGGUGGCGGCGGCGGCAGUACGUUACAUCAACAUUCGAACGGUAGCCUCGCACUGCAGCCAGCGGGACCUCCGGGUGGCGGUGGCGGUGGUCACAACAUACCGGGUCUGCCCGGAUUGGGCCUACAAAAUAACAGCAACCUGACCCAGGCUGGCCUGGAAGAGUACAGUCGAUCGUACUACGAACAAACCAUGUACCACCACCAGAAGCAAUCGUCGUACGCUCAGUCGGAGGGAUACCACAGCUACGUGUCCAGUUCGGAUUCCAGCUCGACACCGUUUCUCGAUCGAUUACGCCAAGACAGUGACCUCUUGCUUUCCCGAUCGGCGCAUAACUGGUCCCAGCAGGAUCUUCAGCAUCUGUCGUCAUCGAACAAUAGCAUCGCGGACAACAAUAGCUCCGAGAGCACUUCGUCGACGGAAACGCUCAAGUGGCUCGGAUCGAUGAGCGAUGUUUCGGAGGCCAGUCACGCCACCAGUAUGUCCGCUCUGUCCAGUGCAGGUUCCACUUCUCAGCUGAUUGCGCACAGUUCGCGGGUUCGAACGCCUCAGCGCCACAACUCCGAAAGUAUCCUGUUCAUGACGAGUGAGGAGCAGCAGCAGCAGCAUCAGCUUCAACAGCAACACCAACAACUGGUGGGCCUUCAGUCGUCGGUAGCCCUCGGAGUGAGUUCGAUCGGAAGUUUAGUGUCCCAAUCGAUGGGAUCGUUGCACCUUCAUUCGCACCAUCAGCACCAUCUACAACAAUCGCCACUCGGUCAUCAUAGUGUCCAGACCUCCCCAAACGGUGGGCUAGCGCAAUUGCAACAGCAUCAGCAGCACCAACAGCCACUGAACAGUCCGUCCGGCAGCUCAUCCGGCGGAUCACCGAUUGGGGAGGGAGAUCUUCGCUUUCAACACCGAACCUCGUCGAGCGCAUCGCUGGCGUCGUCCGCUUCGGCUCCGGCGACUGGCAGUGGAAACUCAGCUGGCAGCAACGGUUCCAUCCGAUCUAGUCGCAGCAAUAAUCGACUGUUUCCUAUCAGCACCUACACCGAGAUUCCUAGCAACGUUAGCAGUAGCAGUAGUAGUUGUAGCAAUAGCAAUAGUAGUGGACAUAACGCCUACGGCGGCUGUUCGACGCCCGCCGGGGUCACGCUGGUUGAUGGGUCCAAACAACUCAGCCCGCACAACUGGCAGUCUGUAGCGGACCGCAUCAACGAACUGGAGAAGCACCAACAGCAGGGGAUUUCCCUACUAAACAGCAGCAAUAGCAGCCUCCAUUCCUCUUCCGCGUCGAUUGGUGUCAAAAAUCUAAGUCAUACCGCAGUUAAACAGCAGCAGCAACAGCAACAACAGAAGUAUACGUAUUUCGAUCCAUCCAAAACGCAUCGGGUUUCGAACCCAUCGCUAAAAGCGUUCCAGAAAAACGCUGUGAUAUCCUAUUUCGAACGGCAACAGGCGCACGCCCGCGAAAGCAGCCACAAUUUGACACGGCCAACGACGUUAAAUCUUCAGCAGCAGCAGCAGCAGUAUCAGUCAGGAUCACCGCCCUCCCACAAGUCGGUUUCGCAACGGUCGUCCAUUUCCAGUGCAUAUUCAUCGUCGGGAAGCACCAUGGAUCUGGCGCCGUCCUCACACUCCUCGCUCGUCGGCAACUAUCUCCAUCAUCCCAGUUUGCAUUCGCCGGCAAGUAUAGCAGCCCAACAGCAGCUGGACAAAAUCGCCGCCAACAAUCUGCGCAAUCAGCUGGCUUCCGUCCACACGAUGAACCUGCUCAACAAGGUGCAAUCACCUCAAACUGCUCAGCUGAUCGAGUCGCAGAUUAUUAGCAAUGCCACCCUGAUCCUCACUGCCAAUGGCAGCGGAACGACGGAACGAAUCGAUGGGACAUCAUCGAGCACUGGUCCACAAUCGCCGGAAGAUCCACCGCUUGAUGCUAGUGUGUCUCCUCCGCCACCUCCACCAAGAUCCCGAUCAAAUGGAGUGCCGGCCAUCAAUAGUGCCGCCAGCAACAUGGCAACAACCGCUUCCACGCAUGCCGCUCAUCUGGCGACGGUUCGAAGAACCUCCUCCGCAUCGGAAUACUCGUCAAUUCGUGAUAAAAUGAUACAACAACGACAGCAACUAUCGAAGGACUUACUGGGCCCUAUGAUAAUGGGUCCGAUCAUCGCUCUGGAUGACUGGGUCCCGGAGCGGCCCCCGAAGAAUCCAAUGCUGCGCAUACCGAGCCCCGAACUGCCACCUCCCCCACCGGUGAUCAGCCCCACCGAGGACGUGAUCCUACUGAACCAGGAUGAACCACUACCACCUCCACCACCGGAGAUCCUACGACACAUUCGGCAGCUCAGUGAUUCCUCGGAAACCAGAUCAAACUCGGCCAGCCGGCGGAACAGUUUUGCCGGCCAAACCAACAAGAAAUCACUUUACCGGGCAUCUACCUUGGAAAACCUCUCACCACCCCCACCGGGAGCACCCCCAGCGCCACAACAAAUGCAAAUCAGCCAACUAAUUAUACCGCCCGCCGUUCCCAAAAAGCCCCAAUCGGUAGAACCGCACGUACUCUAUCGUCGGCCUUCCUCCAGUAUGUCUAAAUCGCAGCAUAUGGUACAACAUGGCGGUGCCAGCAAUGGAACAAACACCAUCCAUCAAGCUCAUCGCGUCAUUGUAAACGGAAAACCCGACCAGAGGCAUUCGCUUCCGAUGCCGCUGCAUUCACCAGUGCAACCGCAACCACAACCACAACAACCAUUACUGCAGUUCAUUCCCCGGCAGACGGAUUCGCGUGUCUCGAUGCGGAAGCGAUCGCACAAUUCGCAACAGAUUCCGGUGGCCGAAUAUUUGCUAAAAGCUGCCCAGCUUCAAAACGGCGAUCGAUCGAAUGUUUCGGCUGCCAGUAUCAACACCGUCGGCUUGGCGCCGGCGAAUGGGAUUGUGACGGUGCCACCACCUCCUCUGAAACCGAGAAUGUCCAAUGUGCAAUGUCAGCAACAACUACCGGUGGCAGCGAUGCCGCCGCUCGGACACGACGGUCUCAACGGACAAUUGAUCUCCAUGGGAAGUAAAAGUUGCACUGGCCGGAACUAUCAAGUCAACAGUGAUUUCAACAACAAUUUCCACCACCCAACACCGACACCGUCGCAUUCCGCUUCGCAGCAUCGCAGGCAUCGCUAUGGAAACGUCUUCGCCUACGGUGACAACGACUACAACAACAACAACAGCAGCAGCACCAACAGCAGCGAUGACGAAGACGACGAUAAUUUGGCUAGUUUUCUCGACUGUCGCGGACAUUCGGGGGGCGGCCGGCCUGGCGAUUCUCGGUACAACCGCGGCUGGUUAGUAUAUGUGGGCUCGAAGUUGAAUUUCCCGACGAUGAGGAAAUCGCUUUUCCAGAUGAGCAACUCCAAAGCUUCAUAUCUGCCACGUCAACCCCGAGACAAGCUUCACUCCGAUCCCGAUCAUGGUAGCUACAAACUGACACUGACCUCGAAUGAGGACAGCAUCAAUCACAACGACGUCUUCUCGGAGGAAAUAAUCACUUCAUCCAAAUGUAACCUGCCAGACGUUUUGCCACCGGGGGUCAAGUAUUCACUCUACUCCAACAACAACAACAAUAACAGCAACAAUAACAACAAUAACAACAUCAACAGCGGCAGUCCCACAAAUGGAAAAUCGAUCGGCAAACCGCAGAAGACAGUUUCGCACAGUGCGCCAAUAAUUUCCACCAACAGUCUGAAAUCGAUGUUUAAUUUCACGCCGCAGCAGCCACAACAAAAUCAGGUCACGCCUCCGAGCGCUUCCUCGCCGGUAACGCCGCCUCCGCCGUACAGUGCCGCCACCAAGCAGCAAUCGCCGCUGCAGCCAGGAAGCCCCACUAAUCAGGCAAUCAGCCCCAAAUACACAUCCCAGUCUACAUUUGAUCUGAAAAAGACGCAAAUUCUCGACACGAAAUAUCUGACUCAGAGCCCGGCCCAGAUUGGCCUGCCACCAAUACCAAAUCAGCACCAGCAUCAACAGCAUCAGCAGCAGCCGAGUGCGAACGAGCAGAUCAAUAAUACCAAUUAUCUCAAUCAUCAGCACAGCACCAGCAACAACAACAAUAGCUGCAGCCAACAAACUGUAAAUAAUUAUAAUGAAAUUUCAGAAAAAUCCGAUAGCUUCGAGUCGAACAUUAGCACCAGCACAUGCACCGUUGAGCCAUCGCUGGUAGUGGAAACGAACCACAACAACACCAACACCACGAUCAGCGCCAUUCAGUCUUCUUCGACAAACGACGAUACUUUUUCGGCCAAAGAGGAAGAAGCCACGAUCAGUAGUAGCAACAACUCAACCUGUGCGGAAGCAAACCCGUCGGACGUAUCGAGCACGUGCGAAGAACCACAGCCCUCCGUACCGAUCGCGCUGGAACGUGUCACCAAAGAGAUCAAUCUGGAGCCGGUGCACACCGCCGAUUCGAGCACGCACACGAAAAUAGUCCAACGCACGGAAAUCGUGCUUCGAGUAGCGGCACCAACAACGGAAGCAUCCGUGCAGACGGACGACGAUCUGGCGCUGAUCGGUGACCAUCAGCCUACGCAUCCCUACACCGGUAGUCCACGGUCACCGACCUCCGGCAAUUUACUGUCGGUUGGCAUAGCCGCUCUGGUGAUCGAUCAUCAGCCAAACCCGGGAACCCUUACCCUUGGGGUCAGCAAACAGUCGGUGUCGACUUCGACAUCGUCUUCACCGCCCACCACUCCGACCAACGGUAAAGCUUCGGGUAGCUUUUUCGCCAAGGCAGCCCCCCGCAAGGUGCACCCGGAAGAAAUCGACUGUGAUAAGCUGUCGCACGAUCUGAUCAGUCAACUGUCGCCUUCGGACAAACUACACACCAUACUGGCUCCCAAGACGUUCAAAUCAUCCUCCGACUAUGUUUCUGAUCUGUUCAACAUCCAAAUAGCGCCUCGCCCGAUGAAGAAGGAUGCCGCAACGACAACACCGGAAGCGAGCCCGCAAAAAAGCCCGCUGGACAUCCUUACUACCAGUUCCACCUACUUCCAAGUGUCGGAACCGAAGGCGAAGCUGAUGACGCGCUACAGUCGCGAGAUGACGCUGAUUAAUGGCGACUGCUGUGAUUUAACUAAGAAGAAGGAGGAACUGGUCCAGCGGCUCGGCAAAAAGUUACUAGUCCUGUCGAACGAGCAAACGAGCAUCGCGGAGGAAAGCAACGCCAACGAUAUGCUCGGCAACGACGUCGCGCUCAAGGUCGCCCAGAAGGUCCGGCCGACCGAUGCGUCCAAGUUCCGGUCCUACGUCGACGACGUCGGCUACAUUACGAUGCUGCUGCUCUCGCUGUCCGGCCGGUUGGCCCGAACGGACAACGCCCUGCACAAUAUUGACGAUUCUCAUCCAGAUAAGAAAAUCCUCGAAGCCAAACGGGACCGGCUGCUGGAGCAGUUGGACGAAGCCAAGCAGCUGAAGGACGACAUCGACCGGCGCGGUGCAAUCAUCUCCAAGAUCCUGGAGAAGGCGCUAACCAUCGAGGAGUACGCGGACUACGAUUAUUUCAUCAACAUGAAGGCGAAGCUGAUCGUAGACUCGCGCGAGAUUGCGGACAAAAUCAAACUAGGCGAGGAGCAGUUGGCCGCCCUCAAGGACACCCUGGUGCAGAGCGAAUGCUGACCAGCCACGUGAGCCGCUCCACCUUCUCUUUUUUUCUGUACAUAAUCCUCCCACUAGCGGUGCCUACAGAUUUACGUGUUUUAUGUCCGUAGUUUAUUAAGCAAAACUAGCAUUUAAGCAUCUAAAAUGGUUAACUCUUCGAACCGGCUGCUGCCAGAAGAGGUAAAAUAUUAUUCGAUCGGCUGUUGAGUAGGAACUAAAAAAAAGUAGAAUACUUCUGGAAGUAAGAAGCCCACCUUCUCAGUUGGACUCUCAAACAUAUGUGUACAUUCUGUAGAUAGUAGCUAGUAAACCUUACGUGUGCAUCCGUAUGAACUGCAAAAUUUAUUCGGCUACCAACCAAUCUACCAAACAAAAUCAAAGAAACACUCAUCCUUUUAGGCCAAAAAAAGAAAAACAAAUUCUACCGAACACGACUUGGAUGCGUCGUCAGACGGCGAACGUCAGGCCGUCCCUGACCGGCGGCAUUUGAAUUCGACUAGCUGUUAAGUGAAUUUUUUAGAGCUAUUUGAUAAGGCAGAAAGUUCUUGCAUUUCAAUGUAUGAUGUUGAAAUUCAAAGAGUUUUUUAAGUGCACUCUGUUUUCAGUGUUUUGUUUUCCUUUUCCGUUUGUUUUUUUGCACCACCUUGAACGUUUGGCCUUGAUUUACGUCCUGUGGUUUCUUUUUCUUCUUUGUUUUUUUUUUUCUUGGUGGAUGGCUCUACUAAUCGUUUUUCCAACAACUUUCCGUCGUCGUUCUCCGAUGUGUGCCGUGCCUUACUUUUAGUACUGAACGUCGUUCGUCACUUUAACCAAAUGAACGAAAUUUGGUUCAAAUGUGAACUGCCUUGAUGUGGGUUUUUUUGGGGUGAAAGAAACCACUGCCUCUAGUUAUCACUGCAGCCUAUGCCACAUCGUAUCAUAGUAUUGUCGAUCAAAACAAAAAAAGAAUUAAACCAGCAAUAAUAGUUGUCGGCUUUUCUGUGGGGACCAUGUUUCGGUCCUGGUGCUAAAGCACUUCCAUUAUUAAUAUUCGCGCUUCGUUUUAAGUUGAUGCAAACAGUAAACACAACACCGCAAUGAAUUUCUAGGUAUUAGAUAAACAAUUUAUUCUAUUGUUAGUCUGUGUACACUUUCCUUAUUAGCUAUCUAGUUAGAUAAUCAUUAUCCGAAUCGUCAGUAAAACAAGUACAUAUCUAGAUCUAUUAGUUAAGCUGUAGGCAAAUCGUGGAAAAAAUUUAAAAAAUUUAAUGUGAUGUUACUUACAAGACAAACUAUAUUAUUUACGACUUUUUAUGUGUAUUCUCCUAGAGCGUAGAAUCUAUUAUUAUCAGAGUAUCAAUCGACGUUCUGUCCAAGCCUGUCUUUUAUAUGUGUGCAAACUGACUAAACGUAGUUUCUCGAUUGAAUUGUGUCAAAAACAAGUGUGUUCCGCACUUGCUACUUAACAAUCUUCGCUGUGUCAAGAAAUAAUAAAAAUAUAUU